GACGUUUUUUUUGGCUUGCCGGUGGGGGAAUAUUUCCUCCGCUUCGAAGACCUUGUGCGAGUCUCUGCGAGGAAUCCGGAGGCUUAGCUAUGGUGACCGGCGGUCAAAUAGGGCCUGCUGGCGGGAGUUCCGGCGCGGUUACCCCUGAAGGUCUGCGCGGCUGGAUGCGAGGAGCUUAUCGCUUUGCCACAGACCGCAAUGACUUCCGCAGAAACCUCGUAGUUAAUCUGGGACUCUUUGCAGUGGGUGUCUGGGUCGCCAGAAACUUAACAGACAUUGAUUUGAUGGCACCACAACCUGUUGCAUAACAGAGAUGUUAUCUCUGUAUGAGAAAAUAGCAAGACGAAUUGGAGAAAACAGAGGCACUCUUACCUGUACAUCAUUCUUCACUAUGCUUAAUUAUUUGGCAGUAUUAGGUUUUAUACUCAAUAAUAGGUAACAGAAUUCUAUUGUUUUUUUGUUUUACUGAAAUGUUUUUGAUAUAUGUACAUUAUUUUGCAGAAUUGAACUGUUAAGAUUCUGACCUGAAAUGUGAAAUAAAGACAUGUCAGUGCACUG